AUGAACAGUGAAAGAACUCAUGGUAUAUCCCAAAGGUUCAUGUGUGUGACAUCAUCCACUGUUACAAACCUACUAUAUGAGUUUGUCUUAUAUGGAUUUAUUUUUCUAUAUGUUACCUUUGUUGAAGUGCAUUCCAUCCCUUGUGCUCCGAGCCCUUCAUACUCUCUCUUUGGGAUAGGUGGUCCAUUGGAGGAUAUAGAUCAACAAGUUUUUGUUAUUGGUGGUAGGUACAUUAGAGGAUUAAAACAACUCUUCUUAUUGGGUUGUGUCCUCUUCUCUGUAGGGAUAUAUAUGUACAUAUUCAUGUAUUCAAUAGCUUAUCCAUGCAAUUUUUUUUACCACUCCUUUGUCUCCAAUCAUCAUGUUUCGACAACCAACUCAUGGGGACUCAUAAAGGAAUCACAACAGCAACAGGCACAAUAAUUGGAAUACAUUUCCUAAAAGUUAAAUUUUAUUUUGAAAGGUGUAAAUAUUGGUAAUAGAAAGUUCUAUGGAGAAAAAGAUUUUCAUCAUUUAAAAUAGUUUAACACCCAGACUCGACAUAAGAUUAAGGGUCAAUAACAUAAAAUGGCAAUCCAUCUAAACACCCAUUUAAAAAGAAAACCAACAGAAUUUCUAACAGUGCUUGCAUGCUAUUCAAGAAUUGCUACUACCCAAUUUUUUUUUGCCUCAGUCCAAUCUACACUGAAAAGUUAAAAAGGAACAGGGACCGAUAUUUUAUCCAAAAAUAUGAAUUCUACAUAUGAGUUUUGGGGAUCAAAAGUAAAGAUGAACAAAUUUUGGGGAUUAAAAGUUAAAGAAA